AUGGUUGUCGUAAAUAAAUCAGUCGAAGAUGAAACUUGGAAUACUACUACUCGCGGUCUCGGCGUCAGUAUCGACACUCCCCGCGGAGGAGCCCGUGCUGUACUACCACAAGAAUGUGGGCAUGAGGGAGGCGGAGCGCAUCAGGCAAGCUGAACAGGCCGCUGACUUCGACGGUAGCAGGAUCUUCAAUGGCUCUCCGGCAGCACUCGGCGCAUUCCCCUACAUGGGGGGACUGGUGAUUAUGGUGCCAGGCGGACGAUCUGUCUGUGGCUCCUCACUGCUCACCAACACUCGUGCUGUGACAGCGGCGCACUGCUGGUACGACGGAUGGAUGCAGGCGCAACAGUUCGAAGUUGUGUUUGGCUCUGUCCGUCUCUUCAGCGGGGGAGUCAGAAUUCGCACCAAUGACGUGAUCAUGCAUCCCAAUUGGAAUACAAGGAAUUUAAAUAAUGACAUCGCUAUGAUUAGAUUCAAUUGGAUUACGUUCACAAAUGUGAUCCAGCCCAUUAACCUGCCUAGUGGUAGUCAGCUCAACAAUAAUUUCGUUGGAACAUGGGCUCAGGUAGCCGGUUUCGGCAAAAUUAGUGAUAGUGCAGCAAUUAGCUCAAACCAAGUGUUGAGUCACGUGACCUUGCAAGUUAUCACAAAUUCUGAAUGCCACAAUGUCUUCCGUGAUGUUCUUGUUGACUCUAAUCUCUGCACGAACCCUGCCGCCAACGGAGGCAAUGUUUGCGGCAGCGAUUCUGGUGGUCCACUAUCAACCAAUCUUGGGGGACAAAGAGUUCUUAUUGGAAUUGUGUCGUUUGGCUCGAGCCGUGGCUGCCAGGCGAGACUGCCGGUCGGAUACGCACGUGUCACCUCCUUCGUUCCCUGGAUUCGAGGACAGUUGUAAUACGACUCAAACUAAUGGAAAUCAAGUUUGCAUUUAAUUGUAACUUAUGUCUAAUAAAAAUAUUAUUUUUA